AUGUUUCACAAAUACCAAAGUUUAUUAGAAGCUUAUCAACAUCAAGUAUCAACUAGGCCAAGAAACAAAGUUAUUUUGGUCCCCAACGGUACAAAAUAUGAAGAAAUUAGUCUUCAAGAUUUGGAUAUUAUUAUCAAUAAAUACGUAAAUUAUUGGAAUAAACAUUUGAUGAAUGAAAAUCUGGAUAAAAAUAUCGUGAUUGGCUAUUUGGCACAAAGUAGUCCUGAAUAUUUUUUUACCAUUAUGGCCUUAUGGAAACUAGGUUUUCAAAUCUUAUUCCUUAGUCCUCGAAAUUCCGAAUCUGCUUUGAUUAAUUUACUUCAAGAAACUAAAUCGCGUAUUCUUAUUUAUGAUCCUCAACUUUCAAAAAUUUUGGUGAAUGUUCAAAAUGAAAUCAAUUCUCAAC